AUCGAUUUGCCAGGCCUGACUGUCUGCUUGCGAGUUGCCAACCAUCAUCGGACAAAUAGAUGCUUAAUUGUUUAUUUGCCUGAAAAUGAGCAAUAUUUACAUCCAAGAGCCGCCAACAUCGGGCAAAGUACUGUUGAAAACGACUGUGGGCGACAUCGAUAUCGAAUUAUGGGCGAGAGAGUGCCCAAAGGCGUGUCGCAACUUUGUCCAGCUCUGCCUGGAGGGCUACUACAAUGGAACCACAUUUCACCGGCUAGUGAAAGGAUUCAUUGUCCAGGGUGGAGAUCCAAAUGGUGAUGGCACUGGCGGUGAAUCGAUCUACGGCCACCCGUUCAAGGAUGAAUUUCAUUCACGAUUGCGCUACUCGCGCCGCGGUUUGGUUGGCAUGGCGAACUCUGGCAAGGAUGACAACGCAUCGCAAUUUUUCUUCACGUUUGCGGCAACGCCCGAAUUGGAAAACAAAAAUACGCUCUUUGGCAAGGUCACCGGCGAUACAGUUUUCAAUAUGCUCAAAUUGGAGGAGAGCAUCGUGGAUUACCAGGAGCGGCCCAUGUAUGCGCAUCGCAUCAUUUCUGCUGAGGUGCUCACGAAUCCCUACAAUGAUAUUGUGCCGCGAUCCCUGCCCAAACCAGUCUCCAAAACAAAAAAGAGCAAAAAGGAAAAGCAAGGCGUCAAAAACUUUGGAUUGCUUUCCUUUGGAGAAGAGGCCGAGGGAGACGAACAGGAAACUAGCAUAUUUGUCAAACAGAAUGCUGGUAAAGCAAAAUCCUUGCAUGAUGCAACCGAUGACCCAAAGCUAAGUAAGGAACCCAUCAAGGUGCCCAAAACAGAACGAGCUCCGAGCGAGGAGCAUUUAUCGGAUGACUGCAAAGAGUUUGUCGCCAGAUCGACAAACAAAUGUUCUGAUCUCGUUAAAAGUAAACUGGCCAAAGCAACAACAAAACUGUCCAAGCGUGCAGAGAUAAAAAUUGAAUCAGAGGACAAUGAUGAUGAUGAAGGUGAUGUUCUGAUGACUCGGGAGCAAGAGCAAAGUUUGCAAAGGUCCAAAGAAAAGUCAAAGAUACGGGAUGAAAUCGAAUCUCUGAAGCGUCAAUAUCAAAUGGAUAAAGUCACCAAGGAAAAACAACUAACACAAGAGACCGAAAAAAGCUCCAAGACGGAUGACAUAAAGGGAGCCAGUGAAAAUCAUUACAUUAAUGAUUUCAUUCAAGAAAAACAAAAGUAUACUGCAAAGACAAAGUCUAAUCUUAAGGGACAAGGAAGAGAGGAGUUUACAUUGAAUUUGUUGUCCAAGUUCAAAUCUAAAUUGGGUAAUCUCAAAUAUAAAUCAAGCUCUGACGAUGUCGAGGCGGAAUCCAAACAGUUGGACGAGAGUACGGUGGAAAAGGAAAUCACUGGCGAUGACUGGUUGGCGCACACUCUCAACUUUAACAGCAAUGUGCCGGUUUUAGCCAAGGAUGCGUCCACCAAGAGCGAUGACUGGUAUGAUGUCUACGAUCCGCGUAAUCCACUUAAUAAACGCAAGCGGGGCACCGCUGAACACAGUAAAUCCAAAUCAUCAAAAUCUGCUAGGCGAAAUUAUUGAUUUAAUAAAGUUCAUUUAAUUGUUUGCUAGCUAAA